UUAAUUGCGGUCCGCCCACCCAAAAAGAAAAAAAAAAUUAAUACUAUUCUUCAAAGUUCACAGUUCUUACCGGAAACAGAUUCACAGAAGAUUUGAAAUGUGAAUCCGUUCUGUUUACGGAAACCUGGAGAGCAAUUUCCAUGGAGGAUAAGAAAGCCAACAUAAUUGCUCUUUCCUUAGUCAUCAUCCUAAUCCUUAUCGUCAUUCUUGCUCGAGUUUUCCUGAAACUUUCCAACGCUUUCUUCCUUAUUUGCGGGAUCGAUGUGUCCGUCACCGCCGCUAUCUUGGUGUAUAUGGUGAUCAGAAUGCGAUUCAACCGGAGAAGAAAACAGCUCGAAUCGCAGCUGGUUUCCGAAGGUCGAGAGCUUCGGAUCGAGUACAGUUUCUUAAGGAAGGUCGCCGGAGUUCCCACCAAGUUCCGCUACAAAGAGCUCGAGGAAGCCACCGAUUAUUUUAGGGCUUUGAUAGGGCGGGGAUCGUCCGGUUCAGUCUUCAGAGGAGUCCUCAAAGACGGCACUGCCGUCGCCGUGAAGCGGAUCGAGGGAGAGAAUCAAGGAGAGAAAGAGUUCCGAGCGGAGGUCGCCGCCAUUGCGAGCGUUCAGCACAUAAAUCUCGUUCGUCUAAUUGGCUACUGUACCAAUUCAUCCGGACCACGAUUUCUCGUCUACGAAUUCGUUCCGAACGGAUCCUUGGAUUGCUGGAUUUUCCCCAAGAAAUCGGAAUACAAGAAUCGGAAUCGCCCCGGCGGUUGCUUGGCUUGGGAUCUGAGAUACAGAGUCGCCAUUGAUGUCGCCAAAGCCCUAGCCUACCUUCACCACGAUUGCCGGUCAAGAAUCUUGCACCUCGAUGUCAAGCCCGAAAACAUCCUUCUCGACGAAAAUUACCGAGCGAUUGUUUCCGAUUUCGGACUCUCGAAGCUAAUGGGGAAAGAUGAGAGCAGAGUAGUCACAUCAGUGAGAGGGACGCAGGGGUAUUUGGCUCCGGAAUGGCUGUUGGAGAACGGAAUUUCAGAGAAAUCGGACAUCUACAGCUACGGAAUGGUUCUUCUGGAACUAGUCGGAGGGCAGAGGAACGUGAGCGUAGUUGAAAAUGGCGAGGACAGAUCUAAAAGGAAAUGGCAAUAUUUCCCCAGAAUCGUGAGCGCGAAGAUGAAGGAAGGGAAACUUAUGGAGGCUGUGGAUCCGAGACUGGUAGAAACCGGAGCGAUCGACGAGAGAGAGGUGCGGAAACUGGUUUGCGUGGCUUUUUGGUGCAUCCAAGAGAAGGCGAGGCUGCGGCCGACCAUGGCGGCGGUGGUGGAUAUGCUCGAAGGCCGCGUCCCGACGGAGGACCCGCCGGACACUCAAAUGCUCGUCGUUGAUUUGUUGUCCAUAGACGAAGAGACGAUGAACAGUCACGAGAAGUUGAAGGUCGUCGGGAUCGGGGAACGGAUGAACGACAGAGAUCUUCCUUCGUCGUCGACGGCGACGUACUCGUACGCGUUUUCGGUACUCUCCGCCCGGUGAGGUACGGCUGUGGCGACGGCGUCCGGCCGUCGCUCUCCCUUUGACUUUGCUGCCCUACCCAUGGUACCAGAAUUGCACACGUCGACUUCCUUUUCUUUUUUCUUCUCGACUUAUUUCUUUUUUCGGCAUUUUUUUUGACAUUUAAUCAACGAAAUAUAAUGUUUUUUUUUUCAAAGUCUACAUUUUCAAUGAUGUAAACUAACAAUUGCAUUUUGAAGGGAAAACAAAACAUUCUGUUUUACUACCAAAAUAUUUGUUCUUUGUUAAUAUUAGAAUUCAAGUAACCAGUGAACUUUACAAAAUGUUGAAUAUAAAAAAAUAUAAGAUACAAACUUAUGUAAUCUUUUCCAAUUUAUUAGACAUUUAUCUAUGCAUAAAAUGUAAUCCUUUGGAUUUGUAAAGUAAAUCUUCCUGAGGAGUCGGGAAAAAAAGAAAAAAAAAAAACGAAAAAGUUCAAUUUUUGUCA